UAGAGGACCUCUAACUGACUCGAGCGUGUACACUUUGAACCUGCUGGGGGCAACAUACCCCCUAUAUAAGGCGCUCCAGCCUCAGACUCGGCGCCUGAAGAGGUCCGGGAGCCAGAAGUACACCCCACCGGGCAGUUGGUCCCAGCUCCUGACGCCACCCAGGGUUCGCCGCGGACCCCAGGAAAAAGUCUAUAGACGAAGCCUACCUUGGCCUCGUUGCUUUUAAGUGGAAGAGAGGAGAAUACAGCGUCCGAACCUAAGUGCGGAGCGGCUGCAGUAAACUACGUUGGCAUGAGAGAGCCGAACCCCUUCGACGACGAAAACCUGGAGGGCGGCUUUGGUGGCGGCUUGGCGCCCCCGCAGCAGCUGGAGGAGCCGCCCCCCCCGGCUGCGGUGAGGCCACUGAUCGCUGAGAGGAAGCAGCGCCGCUACCGCACCGCGUUCACCCAGUUGCAGCUGCAGGAACUGGAGGACAUUUUCCAUCGCGUUCAAUACCCCGACGUGUUCACGCGAGAAGAGAUCGCAGGACGUCUGAAUUUGACUGAAGCCAAAGUGCAGGUUUGGUUUCAAAACAGAAGGGCCAAGUGGAGAAGACACCAGAGGGCAAUGAUGCUCAGAAAUGUGGCCCCUGUUGCCUUGGGCCUUCCUGUGGGAGUAAUCUUUGAUGGGCCCUAUCAUGCAAUCCUUGUUCUGGACCCGGCAUGGAGAUAUGUUCCUCUAGUGCCUCGGGGCCUUAUGCCUCCUGGGCCACCCCUACACCCUGGGCCUCCUGGGCCACCUCUGUCCCCCGGGCCACCCAUGAUACCUAUGCCACCCCCGCCACCUGUACCUCCCUUUGCACUGUCCCCCGUAGGGGUGGCAUGGGCCCAUGUCAUCAAUGGUUAUUUCACAGGUCCCAUUUUCUAAAGUAUGGCCUUUGUGACAAUUUUUCCAAAGUGUUUUUUUCUGCCAGAUAUAAAUCAUGCAUAGUGCAAUAUUGAGUAAUUCUUCAAAUACAUGUUAAAUGAAUUGAAUAACUGAACAAAGUUAGUGCCUGUUGUUCUUGUAGAGUACCUUUUCAAUAAAGCAUUUUCAGUAAAGUUUCAAAUAAGUAAUA